UCUCUUUUAGGGUUUUGACGGAGAGCUUCUCGAGGCUUGUAGCGUGGAGAAGGCGGCGAUGAUAGGGAUUGUGUAGCAGCAGCCGCCAUGGGUCGACCUUCCACUGAAGGUUUUGUAGCUCAGGCCGCGGCAACGAGGCUGGAAGAGCCCGAUUUUUCCAGCUCCAAGUGGUAUUUCUCAAGAGAGGAGAUCGAGAAAUCUUCGCCCUCGCGGAAGGAUGGGAUCGACAGCAAGAAGGAGGCCCAGUACAGGAGGUCGUAUUGCGCUUACUUGCAGGAGCUGGGAAUGAAGCUCAAGAUGCCCCAAAUCGCCAUUGCAACCGCGAUUGUUUUUUGUCAUCGAUUCUUUCUGCGACAGUCGCACGCUCGCAACGAUAGAUUUAUGGUUGCGACCAUAGGCAUGUUUCUCGCUGGCAAAGUGGAGGAAACUCCUAGACCGGCAAACGAUGUUGUCUUGGUAUCCUAUGCGCUUCGUCACAAGAAGCCCAUCACCAAGGAGGUUUACCAGCGACAACUCCGGCUGCUAUUGACAGGAGAGAACCUUUUGCUGUCAACACUGGGCUUUGAUUUGAAUGUCUCUCACCCAUACAGACCAAUGGUACUGGCAGUGAGGAAGUUGGCCCCGGCUUUUCAAUCUUCCAUCGCACAAGUCGCUUGGAACUUUAUAAAUGACGGGCUGAAAACCACCUUGUUCUUGCAAUUCAAGCCUCAUCACAUUGCCGCUGGAGCCAUCUUUCUCGGGGCUAAAUUUCUCAAGCUAAAACUUCCGGGCGAUGGUGAGAAGGCUUGGUGGCGAGACUUUCGAGUCACUCCAAGGCAGCUAGAAGAGGUCAGCAAUCAAAUGCUGGAACUCUACGAGCAGGCAGGCUCCAAUCCAUCGCGCGCUAGUCGUCCAAGUGCCAGAGUUGAUAGUCCUCCUUCUGGUCAAGUCUCUACUCAGACGGAGGUACGUGACGAUGUCUCGAGAAGAGCUAGCAAUUCUCCCGGUGAAGUCAUAUCACGCAAGGAACCCGACGUGGUUGAGCCGCAGCAGGAGAAGACACAGGUGGAAAGCAUCGAUGAGGCCAAGCUCAAAGCUGCUCUCAAACGCAGGAAAUCCCGAGUGGAAGCGGUGGCAGCUCCGCAGAAGCAAGAUGUGGUUACCGAUGAAGAACUACUCGAACGAGAGCUGGAGAAUGGCAUUGAAGUUGCGAGGCCGAAGAAGAUGGAAAACGGGGAUAUGCACCGAGAAACUGGUAAACAGGCAGCUUCUUUAAAAAGGCAGCGUCCCGACGAAGUAGCAGCGAAAAGGGACCGCCCGGAUGAGGAAUUUGUGAGGAGGGAGGUGGCCGUUAAGAAAGAGUGUCUCGACGAGGUGGUGAUAGCAAAGCCAGACGAGGUGAAAGAGCGUAUCGACGAAGUUGUCACGAAGAGUGUGCGUCCGGCCGAGGUGACAGUCAAGAAAGAGUGUGUCGACGAGGUGGUGUCCCAGACGGACCAUCACAACGAUGUUCUAGCACAAGUUGCGGCCAUGGAAGAUCGUUCGGAAGAACGUUCCGACGAGAUGGUAGCCAAGAGAGAGCGUCUCCACGAGGUGGUAGUAAAGAUAGAGCGCUCAGAUGAGGAGGUGGUAGCAGAGCGAGACCAUCCAGACAAAGUGGUGGCAACGAAGAUCGACGAGAAUGUGCCGGCGCUAGUCAAGAAGGAACUUCCGGAUGGGGUGAUAGAGAAGGUUGAGGCAAAGAGUGACGAGGUGGUAGUGAAGGAGGACAAUUCAGACGAGGUGAUGGAGAAGAAGAUAUCAAUCAAGGAAGAGCGUCCAGAGGCCGAUGUAACGGCAGCCAAAAGCGACGAGAAAAGGGAGCUUCAGAGCGACGAGAAAAGGGAGCGUCCAGAGGAAGAAGAACCGGUAAGCAAGAGGAAGAGAUUAAACGACGAAGAUCUCCCUUCCCAGCCACCAGCAGCAGCGGCAGCAGUGAAAGUUGAAGCUCCGGACGAGGAAGAAGGCGAGCUCCCGUCAUCCGGCCACGACUUUCCUCCUCCUCGAUCGCCACCACGGCCAAGUCGCGAGCGAAGGAUGGUAUCGCCUCACGAGAGGCCGAGGCCACCUGCAUUCCUGCCUUUCGACACUCGAUACGAUCGGCGACGAGACUUUCAUCAGUACGCUCGACGAGAGACAUUCUUCGAUCGACAGCCGCUGCAUCAGCCGCAGCAUCACAACGCUGGAUUUCGACACCAUCGCGAUUACUACGCUCCUCACCAGUUCCAGCAGCAGCAGCAGCACUACUAUCAGCAGCAGCCGAGACAAAUGGAGUGGCAGCACCAGCAGCAGCAGCACCAUCACCACCACCAUCGCCCACCGCCGCCACCGCCGCCGAGAGAGCCAUGGAUGGAGCGAGACGCCAAGAAAGCUCGCUAUGACUCGUAUGUCUCCAAAUGACAAAAUCUCGCAAAGCUUUUGUAAAUAGCACAAAGGGUUCUUCGCUUCU